UUUAGCCGUCGCAGCGCUCACGGAAGCUUGGCUCCGGUGACGGGUUGAACCGAGUCAUGACUGGCGCCGGCCGAAAACCGUGAGUCGUUCCUCGACACUCGCCAAGCCGAUACUCGCAGAGUCAUGAGCAGUUCCAAGCCCGUCGGGGGCCCUCGGAUCCGGCUGGAGGGCGGUGGUGGUUCCGCCGAUGAAACCUACCCGGAGAUCGCGGUUCGCUUCAAGAGUCCCGAAAACUCGGCCAGCUACGACAGCUUCGGAAGCCGCCACCCUCCCGUCUCGUACAGGGCCGUGGUGGGACCGUACGGCGCCAGCGUGAGCGCGUCCAUCGACGACGGCGACAAGGACGCUGAGCUCAACAUCGUGGAGGAGUGCAAGGGACACACGCCCUUGGACGACAUGGGAGUCAAGGUUCGCAACAAGCAGCCCACAAUUCGCCUGGUGUCCCGCUGUCGCGGGAUGCCGUACGGGACCCAGGCGGGAGUCAUCAUCGACCCAACCGAAGACUACGAGGAAGAAGACGAUGACUUGGCCGAACUGUCCCUCAGCGCGCCUCCGGGCAUCCGCGUGAUCGGACGGUGCACCGACCACAGUGGCGGCUCCUACUCAUACCGCGAAGAGCAACUCGGUGUGGCGCCCGCGGUUGGCCGCAGCGGCCGCUGCCGCGACCACAAUGGCAGUCGUGGUGGCGUCGGAGGCCGUGCCCCGGAGUACUCGCGAAGCACCGAUCGCAGUGGACGCCUGCCGGCCAUUGCGCACGUCAUAGGCGAGUGCAGGCACUUUCCGGACAUGUCCGAGACCGAGCUCUCGUACGAGGACGAUUACCAGACGUGUAGGAUGUGCGUACAGCUGUUACACGAUAAAGCCAGAGAUGGUGCUGCCGCAGGGGGUAGCCAGGUUACUCCGAGGUUGGCCCGCAAGUCGUCCAUGGUCCACAUAUACGCGGAUGACCUGGAGGGCGACGCCUCCAAAAGCCAGCACCGGGAGAAACGGCUGUGCGAGAUGAAGACCCGCUACGUUAGCAAAAAGCCUCCUUCGGGACCACCACAGGCACAACCACCACCGCCGUCUCACAGGGAGAAGGAAAAGAAAUCUAGGGCGCCGUACAAGGGGUCUUCUCUGUCCGGAAUGAAGCUUCGCUCGAGAACUGUCUCGCAGCCUGCUUCCAGGACGCACUCGCGCCCUUCUUCGAGCCCGUCGCCGAUUCCUUCGAGGCCAUCGUCGAGGCAGUCUUCUAGGCCCGUGUCCAGUUCGCCAUCACCGUCCCGGGCCGGUUCGCGCUCUCCAUCCAUGGCGACCACUGCCAAGCUGGAAGUCGAGGACGUCUCUUGGGACUCUUCGCGUUCAUCCAGCAUCGAGGUCCAAGUGAGCAAGCAGUGGGAUGGCGGCCGCCGCGACAAAGGUGACACCGUGCGCGAGAAGAGAAGCACCGGCCGCGGUAUGUCGAAGAAGCCCGUAGCUCCAACGCCUCCACCGGAGAUGCGUUACGCGAUGCAGGCCAAGCUGGCGACUAGCAAGAAUUCCCUCGAAAUCGUCAAGCGGAGAAGCGGCGAAAAGGUCGGCGGCGGCGGUGGUGGUCUGCCGCGUUCCGCGCCCACCUCGGCAGAGAUGGUGAUGCGAGCCGCCUGGGAACAGUACUACCGCGAGUACGACAGGUACAAGGAAGAGAUGGCCGAAUGGGAGAACGUGCAGCGAAAGAUGCGAAAGCAACUCGCCCGCUUCAUGUCGGGUCCCACCAAACCACCUGCACCACCCCCGGGAAUCCAGGACACAACACCGAGGACAUCUAAGACCGCCCUGGCGCUAGCCGCCGACCCGAACAGUACAAGCCUGAGCGUCGGCGGCUCCAAUCAGCCUCCCAACGCCGACGAAGGAAUGCACAUCAGAAUCGGCCUGCCCGGAAGAAUGGUUAAGGGUCACCGGAGCAGGAGCUUCAGCGUUGGCCGGCCAAUCGAGGACGCACCCCCUUGCGUCCAGGCCAUGUACGCUCAUCCGGGACCUUUCGGGCCACCUGGAAUGUUCGGCUCGCAGCCUUCGGUCGGAGGUCCACCUCCUUUUGGGCAGGCUCCGCCGCAACAGUUCCCGCCAUUCGGACGACCACCUGGCCCGCCCUUCGGCCCGUUCGGCCGCCCCCCGCCGCCGAUGCUGAUGCCGCCACCUCAGUUCGGACCCCCGGGUCCCUUCGGACAGCAGCCCGAGUUUGCUGGGAUGGGACCGCCACGUCGCUCCGUGUCGCACAUACGGCUGAACUUCAUGUGAAGAAUGCAUCCGCGAUGAGGACUACUUCCACUUUGCGCGCCGUAAAAUUGUGGGCUGCGAUGGACUCGCUGAGCAAUUACCACACGCAGCAAUGCGUGGAAAAC